AUGACUGAUCAUUACACUUUCACCAACAAAAGAGAGAGUGAAGACGGUCAAGGCGACGCAGAAGUAGACGACGAGGUGACUCGUGUGAAUUUUCAGACUCUGAUCACUCCAGGUUCCCAGUCUCUGGACAAACUGGGACAUCUUUUUAUUCCUGCGUCCAAUGCUUCCGAGGAAGAGAGUAAAGUGCAGAAGGAAAGUGACGUAUUUGUGGAAUGUGAACCUACCAAUGAGGAUUUACAGGGGCUGGACAAUCUUGAAGAUGGGUCUGAGGAAGGCGGUAUUGAUAAAGUAGAGUACAAGGAACAAGCUUUGUAUAAGUUAAGCACUUUAAAACCUGAGCACACAGGGCAUCAGAGUUGUCAUUCCUGCAAAGCAACCCCAUCCAGGAACACAUCUCAUAAUCCAGAGGAGAAAGAGAUUCAGAAGUUGCUGAAACUCCUCGAAUGGCCGGAACCUCCCAUUUCCAUCGGUUUCAUGUCAUCUACCAGUCCCAAGACCACAGAGUACUCAUUGCUGGAUCCACGUACUACAUACCAAGUGGGGGAGCAUGUAAAGGUUUUCAUCAGAGCUCGAGACCACUAUGGCCAACCCAAAACCUACGGGGGGGAUUAUUUCCAGGGCAAGCUUCACUCUCCGCAUCUGAAGGCUGGAGUAACCGGAUCCAUCACCGACCACAGAAACGGCAGCUACACCGCCACCUUUCUCUUUCCAUGGCCCGGGGUCUGUCAGAUCUUUAUCUCACUCAUCCAUUCCAGUGAGGCCGUCGCCAUCCUGAGGAAGAAGAGAGACACCCGCCCUGAUAAGGUGUUUUAUUACGGGUAUUUCUACCAUAACGGGAGAUGGGCCACGGUGGAGUGUAAUUUUCAGCCCCCUGGACGGGACGUUUGUACUUACCGUGAUUCACACAGCGGAGAAGAAUGGUUCUGUGUGCGUCCAGAAGGUUUUCCCUGCAGCGCGUACCUGGAGCAUUCAAAUGGCGGCCAUCGCGAAAUACUUACCUCUGCUGAGGGAAAGUUUCUACCCCGCAACAUCACUAAUCAGGUGGUUUCAACCCUCUCAGAUCUAAUAGUCCAGCCCCAGAAGGACACAACCGAUGACAGAGAUAUCUGUAGACCUGGUCUGUCAAAUCCAGACCCUUCAGGGUUUUAUCUCCAGCAUAAGUGGCAUUCCCGUGUCUGCAGGAACCAGAAUUUCCCCACACCCGAUAACGUCACGUCCUGCCUGAAGGGGAAAGUCGUGUACAUGUUUGGGGACUCAACAUUACGGCAAUGGUGGGAAUACCUUGUAGAUUUUGUUCCUUCACUUCAGAGGGUGGACCUCCACGUAAGCUAUGCCCCCGGCCCCCUGUUGGCCACAGAUGCAGAACAUGGCUACCUCGUGCAGUGGCGGGCACACCAGAGGCCACUUAGCAUGAAGCGCACCCGCGUGCAGGAACUGAAGUACAUUGCCAACGAGCUGGAUAACAUGGGAGGAGGAGACGAUGGGCUGGUGAUCGUUAUAAACUGCUUGGCUCAUUUUAUCUUCUUUCCAGUCAAUGUUUAUUUGAAAAGAAUGAGAUUCAUCCGUGAUGCCGUGGCCCGACUACUGGAACGCAGUCCACAGACCUUGGUCAUAAUUAAGUCCGGGAACACGGGGUUCCUGUCUACCCAUGGCAGUGACUGGCUAUCCUGGCAGCUGGACACAUUGAUGAGGGAAGUGUUUUCAGGACUUCCAGUUACCAUACUGGAUGCCUGGCAGAUGACCUCCUGCCACUACAUGACAAAAUCCAUCCACCCCGGCAAGAUCAUCGUGCAGAACAUGGUGGACUUAAUGCUUUCCUUUAUCUGUCCCACAUAG